AACCGAGAGGAGCUGGAAGAAACCCUUGAAUGCAGGCAGGUAGAUCACACUUUCGGUUACUUAAUGUACAAAGCGGAAAACGUAGAUUAGCGGACUAUACUAUCUUUGCUGGAAAAUAAUAGAAAUAAAACAUUUCUGGACUCAUCGCACUGUGAUUUAUGAAUAAGGUUCAGUGAUCGAUCAGGAUCUGCGAUCUGUCGACGUCGCCGGAGGUUUCAGAGCCGACAUGGAUCACCUGAGUGACUGAGGACGCGUCAACAAGCGGGGACCGGGUCAUUUUGAUGAACGGCUGCUAGGCUGGGUCCUGCUGAUGGACCAGGACACUCAGUGGCUGUACCAACUCCUGGCUGAGGUCCAGCUGGAGAAGUUCUACCUACGCCUCAGAGAUGGCCUCAACAUCACCCGCGUCGAGCACUUCUCCUACGUGAAGGAGAGCGACCUGGAGCAGAUAGGAAUUAGCAAACCUGCUCAGAGAAGAUUAUGGGAUGCCCUGAAACGCUACAAGACGGCUGGACGUUUGCGGUCAUGGAUGCCCAAGGUGUUGGGCAGUCGUGUGGAUGCCGGGGAGCAGUGGAGUGGGGGAGUCCCGAGUCAGGCCCCGGAGGCCGGCAGCCGGGCUCUUCCCUCUCUGAUCCAGGAUAGGGAGCUGAUUCUGGCAGAGAAGUUGGGUUCAGGCUCCUUUGGUGUGGUGAGGAGGGGAGAGUGGCACACACCAACAGGGAAAGUGUUGUCUGUGGCGGUGAAAUCCCUGAGGAGCAGCAUGUCGAGGCAGACGGACACACUGACAGACUUCCUCCAAGAAGUCACCACCAUGCAGUCCUUAGACCACCCCAACAUCAUCCGACUCUACGGCGUAGUGCUCACACAGCCCCUCAAGAUGGUAACAGAACUGGCCCUUCUGGGCUCGUUAUACGACACGCUCCGCUCACGGCAGUUUGACUUCCCUCUGGCCCGCCUGUGGCUCUUCGCUACCCAGAUAGUGGCAGGUAUGGAGUACCUGGAGACACGGAGAUUCAUCCACAGGGAUCUGGCAGCUAGAAACGUGCUUCUAGCGGCCAAGGAGAUCGUGAAGAUCGGGGACUUCGGGCUAAUGCGUGGCCUCAGCCAAGAAAAAGACCACUAUGUCAUGUCAGCACACAGACGGAUCCCUUUCGCAUGGUGUGCUCCAGAAAGUCUCCGUAUCGGCUCGUUCUCCCAUUCCUCAGACGUGUGGAUGUUCGCCGUCACCUUGUGGGAGAUGUUCACCUACUGCGAGGAACCCUGGUUUGGUCUUUCUGGCCGGCAGAUUUUGUGGCGCGUGGAACGGGAGGGCGAGCGACUUGAGAAACCGCCAGACUGCCCUCAAGAGCUGUACGGCGUCAUGAGGAAGUGCUGGGCCUGCUACCCGACCGACAGACCCAGCUUUGCCCAGCUCGUCACCAUGGUGGCAGAGGCCAAACCCAUGGAAGUACAUGCUGCAAGAGACUUUGCAGAACCCAGAAAACUCCCACUGGUGGCCAACGAUCCCGUGACCGUCAUAGACCACGGUCUGGAGCUGAGCGAGUGGCGUGGCCAGAACCAGAGGACGGGGGUCGUUGGAUUGUUUCCCGCCAGUCUCGCCAUGCCACCGACUGCUCCCAGCAGCACGGGGAAUAACCCUGCUGCUAAACAACCCUUCAUUUCAGCCCCACUGAAGGGCAGCAUGCACCACACCGGACACGGGGAUAUCAAGCCCGACCACAGCUGGGGAGGACCGGAGGGACCGGACAACAGCGGCUGGAGGCCGGGACCCGGCAGGGAGCGGGACGGCUCCAAUCUGCAGGGGAUGGCAGGUAUGUCUCGGAGCCUGGAGUCGGUCUUGAGUGGACAUCGGCCACGCUCUCAAACGGUGGGGGCUUUAAAAGUGGAUCAGCAAGGAAGACUCAUGGUUCCAGGGAUGGCAGCUCGUAGCGUGGUGAUGCAGCAGGAUCCUCGCCGCUUCAGCGAGGCCAGCAUCAUUCCCCCUCCUCGGCCGCCGCCGCCCAACCUCAAACGUUUCAACAUGAAAUCCCAAAAGAACAAAACGGCAAUUUACCCAACCCCAGGCCCCUCGUGGCCUCCGCAGACAGUCCACUUCCCACACACACAGACUCAACCUCAGCUCCCACCUCAGCAGGCCGUAGGAAACUCCAACCUGGCCAAAAUGGCUCAGAUCACACGCUCAACGCCACAGCUGGACGAGGAGUCCACAGAGAGAGAUCAGAGGGGAGUACGAGAGCGGGAGAAACCCCCUCAUGUCCAGAAUACCAGAGACAGUCUUGUUGCACAGGUGAUGGAGGCCGUGCAUGGAGCGACCAUUGAAGAGGUUCAACGUGCACUCCUGCGUAGUGACUGGCACCCAGUACGAGCGGAGCAGCAACUCAAGCUGGAGCAGCUGUACUCGCUGAGCCUCUGCUCCCGGGAGGACUGCGUAAAGAUCCUCUCCAGAUACCAGUGGAACCUGCAGCUGGCCAGCCGGUACCUGAUCCGCUGCACCCGGGAUGACCGGCCCGGCCCCGGGGAGAGGGAGCGACCGCAGAUCAGCACAGAGAGGAGAGUGUGAAGACAUUUGGAUGGUUUUUAUGGAGCAACACGGCUGCUUUGUUGUUCGAACACUCCGUUGUGUGGACCUCGCCAAAGUAACUGCCAUCACCUGCUUCCAUGAGGAAGCUUGUGAAAUACACACAAAAAAAUGAAGGAAAAUGAAUAUAAAACAAAAAAGAUAUUUUUGAAUUCAAAAAAAGGAAUUUAUUACAAAGACUUAAAACUUCUGCUUUUAUAUUGUUUUUCCGCACAUUUUUUACUAUAUCUUAAUACAUUUGUAAUAACUAUAUUAGAAAAUGUUUUGUUGAAUAAAACUG